UGAAACAACCUUAGAAUACCAAAAAGAUACAGCAUGAAAACAGCUCUAGUCUUUCUUUUCAUUGUCUCAUUUGCUAUUUCUGCCAGAUCUGAGAAAGAUUAUUCUGCCUUUGAUUCUAUACCCCCCGAGCCAAAAUCAAAAUUUGCUUUGUUAGACGAUGUACGAAUUUUAGCCAAUGGACUCCUCCAGCUUGGACAUGGUCUUAAAGAUUUUGUCCAGAAGACCAAGGGGCAAAUCAAUGACAUCUUUCGAAAACUUAAUAUUUUUGACAAGUCAUUUUAUGAGCUGUCACUGCAAACAAAUGAAAUCAAAGAAGAAGAAGAAGAGCUCAGAAAAACAACCUCCAUAUUACAAGUUAACAAUGAAGAGAUAAGGAAUAUAUCACUUGAGCUGAUUUCAAGGAUUGAAAACUUCAUGCAAGAAAAAAUCCAGCUUCAAGAGAAAGUAGGUGAACUGGAAAAUAAAGUAGUUAAAUUAGUCCAUGGACAGCCUGUAAUUCAAGAAUCAAAAGAAAUUACUUCACUCAAAAGUUUUGUAGAGCGGCAAGACAACCACAUUAGACAACUUCUCAAAAUUGUACAAGACCAACAUGCACAACUCGACAAGCAGCACAGUGAAACCACAGAGCUGGAAGAUAAGCUAAACAACACAGGCUUUCAAGAAAAUACAGAAACUGCAUUUUCUUGGAAGCAAACAAAACCACAAACCAUCCCCACUCCUUCACCUAAUUCAAUGGCUACAAAACAAGAAUUUGGUGGUGUUGCUACAGACUGUACUGCCAUAUACAACACUGGAGAACACUCUAGUGGCAUCUACACUAUUAAGCCCAAUGGGUCUGAAGCCUUCAGCGUCUACUGUGAAAUGAAAAUGGACAGGCCAUGGACAGUAAUUCAAAGGAGAUCUGAUGGAUCGCAAGAUUUCAACCAAACCUGGGGGAGCUAUGUAAAUGGUUUUGGAGAUCUCCAUGGGGAAUUUUGGCUGGGACUGAAUAAGGUGUAUUCCAUCGCUAAACAAGCUGACAACAUUUUACGUAUUGAGCUGGAAGACUGGAAGGCUAAUAAACGUUACAUCGAGUACACAUUCACCUUGGGCAGUCCAGAAACUAACUAUGCCCUCUACCUUUCUGAGAUCUCAGGAAAUAUUCCCAAUGCCCUGACUGAAGAGACAGAAAUGAAGUUCUCAACAAUGGAUCAUGGUGAUAACACACAGAGAGACUCUACCUGUCCAGAAAACUAUUCAGGUGGCUGGUGGCACAGUGGAUGCGGGGAAACCAACCUGAAUGGAAAAUACACCAAACCAAGAUCAAAAGGAAAACUAGAACGGAGAAAGGGACUGUAUUGGAAGCCUCAGAAAGGGAGAUUCUACUUACUUAAGUCAACUAAACUCAUGAUACAUCCUACAGAUUUAGAAAGUUUUGACUGAAUUCUCACUCUGAUGUGUUUAAUUCAGAUAUACCCACUGAACAUGAAACACAAUAUGAACUUCCUUGAUACAAGCAUAAGCGCUACAUGCCAAAAUACAUGGCAUAUAUGUUACACCUACUCAACAAAACAAAACGGGUGUUUACUAUGGUCUAUGGUGUAUUUGGUGAGUAUUAUUAAAAUGAAGGACUUUGGCCUCCAUUUUCAAAUGCUAAUAUCUACAAACUUUAUACCUGUUGAGAUCUUAGGCUGUACUGAAUGGGGAGAAAGAUUUCUGAGUCACUGCAUUCACAUCUGGAUAGAAGAGUAUACAGGAAAACACUCAAAAUGUUUCAAUAGAAAUAAUAGAUUAGCAAAAUGCUGUAGAAAACAUUUAACCAUUAAUUUUGAAGGAUAAAUGGAUUUUACUUUAUAAAGUACAUUAGCUCUACAUUAGUCACAAGUUAUAGUUUUGAAAGAUUUAUAUACAUGAAUGGAAGGCGGGUAAUUCUGCAUUUUAUGGUAUUACGUAUUUAAGCCUGAACUUCCACCUAUGCAUGUUGGUACAAAUCCUGGAAACAGCACUGUUCUCAUGCAACUAAGAAAACAUGCAUCUAGAAAUGCAGACUGUGAAACUAAUCAUUUAUUCUUUGCUUUGCAAAACAAAUAUUAAAGCCUGAUGCAAAGACUCCCCAUUCAUGGGAGCUUCCCACUCUGUUUCAAUGGGUUUUGGAUCAGGCCUAUUUUUAUUUUAUAUUUAUGGAGUUAAAUGAAGGACAAUGUGCUAUGUUUAAAGCAGACUGUCUUUAAAACAAAUGAAGAAAAAUCCUGCAACAUAAGCCUAUGCAAGCAAUCCCACUGAAGGCAACAGUAGUGUCCAAAUAGUCAGAAGGGUAAAGACUGUAAGCUUAGGACCUUCAGACGUCAGUCCUCAAAUAUUUACAUAUUUGCUUAAUCUUGGGAGUUAAUGGGACUACUUACAUGCUUACAGGCAAACUGAGUCAUAUUGACUUUUACAUGUCAUAUCUGAUAACUGUACUGUAUGUAUUUUAUAUAAUUUAACAUUUGUAACUAAGAAAAAACAACUUUUUAAGAUAUAUUUUGUUAAGGUGGAAACAAGUCUGAAUGUAAUUUGCUAAAUCAUGAAAAAUAAUGCAGCAAACCAAUUGGAUGCUGUCAAAAUUAAUUUGUUAUAAUUGAAAUAAGAGACACUGUAAUGUUAUGUACUGGUGUACCAUAAUGUUGACCAGUUCGUGCAACCCCUUAAA